CACGGCGCGCCUGGGGACCGGACUAUUUCAUGCGCGAGAAUGUCAUUCACAUAAGCAUUGGCCACCGAUUGGGUCCUUUGGGCUUCCUUUCCUUUGCGGAUCCAUCGCUGGAGAUUCCCGGAAAUGCUGGCCUCAAGGACCUCAUUCUAGCCCUCAAAUGGAUCAAGGCCAAUGCCCGGAAUUUCAAUGGCGAUCCCGAAAGGAUCACCCUCUUUGGGCACAGCUCUGGCAGCAUGGCCGUGCUGAAAAAAAUCUACUUCCACUUACUACUACCUGUCUUCUAUCCGUUAAAUACGAUUUUAAUAGCUUUAUAG